GGAAGGUAUAAUAAUGACUUUGAACAGAUGAUUUUCAACUGAAAAGGAUGGCCGCUCUCAUCAUUUUCAGUUGCUGCUUUUCUCAUAUCCUCCACCUAAAGUGAUUUAUCCAUUAUAAAAAAGUCAAUAUGGCGAACUCGAAGAAAUCCAUCUUGGAGUCCAAAUCUCUACAGAAUGUCGACAGCACGAUCGGUGUUGCGAAUUUCGAGGAGCUACAUCAACGGCCAUUUAACCUGUGGAGCACUCUCGGAUUGGCCUUCUCAGUCACCUGCACUCCUCUAGCCAUUGGCUCUUACCUCUCAGUCAGUGUGGGUGUUGGGGGAAGCCCUGUUUUUUUGUUUGGGUAUAUUUUCUCUGCACUUAUGAAUCUUUGCAUUUGCAUUUCUUUGGCCGAGAUAUCGGCUAUAUAUCCCCAUGCAUCCGGUCAGAUAUACUGGACUGCAGUCCUCUCACCGAAGCGCUUCGUGAGACCAAUGGGCUAUCUUAGCGGUUGGCUGACAUCUGCUGGCUGGCUCUUCUGGGGUGCCUCAUCCUGCCUUCUCACCUCGCAGUUGACCUGGGCUCUCGUCCAAGCCUGCGAUUCGACGUUUGUAACUCAAUUGUGGCACUUCUACGUACUAUUUAUCGCAUGUGCUGUUGUUGCUCUGAUUAUCAACAUUCCGCUUUUUCGAUGGUAUCCUCAUCUCCUGAAAACCAUGGUUUUUUACACCAACCUAGGCGCCAUCUUUAUCUUUAUCGUCCUCCUCGUCCGAGCAACACCGAAACAAAGCGCCGAAGCAGUAUUCGUUGAUAUCAUAAAUAACACUGGCUGGGAUUCAAAGGGAGUGGUGUUCUUCAUUGGCCUUCUUCCGGGUGUCACUGCAGUAAAUGCAUUCGAUUCAGCAGCACAUCUAGCUGAGGAAAUGCCCGAACCCAGGAAGCAGGUCCCUAAAGUCAUGAUGAUCAGUGCUUUACUCAGCUUCGUUGCCACUAUUCCGAUGAUCUUUGCAUACAUGUUCUCUAUUGUCAAUCAGGAAGCUCUCUACAACCCGGUGGGAAAUCAACCAAUCAUCCAGCUCUUCCUUGAUUCCAUGGCAUCGCUACCAUUGACGAUAAUUUCGUCACUACUUCUUAUUUUGGCAAUGAUCAUGUCUGCAGUGACAAUCCUGACAACAUUCAGCAGGAUCUGGUGGUCUCUAGCCAGAGAUAAUGGUACACCAUUCCCUCACUUGUUCUCGAGAAUCAUGACCAAAGAUGAAUUACCAGUGCCUGCUAUCCUAUUUGGGUUCUCUGCUUCAGUCGCUUUAGGUGCAAUCCAGCUCGGUUCAACAACUGCCAUUAAUGCAAUCCUGGGUGCCGGAAUAAUUUGUAUGAUGCUGUCCUACGUUGUGCCUAUUAUUCUGUUCCUCGGAGCCAGGAAUAAUCUUCCUGAUAAUCGUUAUUUCAACCUUGGACGAUUUGGUGCGAUUUUCAACGUCAUUGCUAUAUUGUGGACCAUUUUCAUCAUAGUAUGGCUUUUCUUCCCUCUCUAUCUGCCAGUUACGGCUCUCACCAUGAACUAUUCAAUCGCCGUCAUUGCUGGGGUGUUUACCGUGAGCCUGAUUAAUUGGUUUGCCUAUUCUCGGAAAGUUUUCAAAGAGCCCACAGGAAUGGUUUUGGAGACAGUAGAACCAAUCGACGAUGUCUGAGACCAAAUCAUCGGAACUUUAUUAAUAAUGGGUCGCUCUACCAAUUGACAGUCCGCGGCCUAAACGCACUAGGAGGAAAAGUUCUAUAGGUAUGCUCGGAGUUUCAAUGGGACUAUCUUUCCAAAGCGUUACCUAAAAACCAAUGGAGUGCUCGACCC